AUGACAAUGCUCAAGAACAAACACAUAACCUUCUCAUUGAUUUUGGUGUGUCUCGUUGUGGUGUCUCCAAUGGCUAAGGCUCAUAUCCAAGGGGUUCUCGCAUGCACUGUCAAUGGCAACCUCCCUCUCACUGGGACUUCCGCUCCUCCUUUCGCUAAUGCGGGGGUUCAACUCCAGUGCGGAAGACAAAACACAGUCGUUGCAACUUCGACUACGAACUCUGCGGGAAUAUUCGCUUUACCUUCAAACCUAAUUCAGAUGUUACUUUCUACACUCCUCUCCGAUUGUCGGCUCGUCGUCACAACCCCUCUAGCCACCUGCAACGCCAGUCUCCCUCUCGGCAACCUCGUAUCACAGUUAACCGUCGUCGGAAGCACCGUCAAUGGCCUCCUCAACGUCGUCAAUAUCGCCCCUUCCGGCUUUACCCUAACCACUAAGUGA